CGCGGGCGGGGCGCGGGGGUUUGAAUCGCGCAGCAGUUGGAGCCGGGAACGGAGGCGGUGCUGGGGGCAGGGAACUGGCUCUCUGUUUCUUGAGCUGUUGGAAGCUGAUCUAUUUUCCUGCCCCUUUGUAAAGAAGGAUUGGAACCUACGUCACAAAUGAGUAAAAUUCUCCAGUCUCAACCGUGAGCCUGAAAAGAUGGAGCGAAGAUCAAAUUCUAAGACCCCAAAGAGGCCUCCGCUAGUUCAGCAUAAAAAUCAAACUGAUCUCUCUGCAUGGCGAAAAGGAGUGAGAAUUGAUCCUGAAAAAAGUGUCAAAAGUCAUCAAACUCCUAUCAACCAGAAAAAUGACAGCAAGCAGGACUCCCUUGAACAAGCUUUGAGCUACUUCGAGAAUGUUGAAGAUCAUGUCUCGCUGAAAAAGAACAGUGUUCUGCAGGAAAGCUUGACUGCUGUGGAAACCAUUGCCUUGCAGAGAGGGUUACCCCCCAAAGCAUUCAACAUAUUGCUAAACGUGGCACUCAGUGGCAAACUUGCUGAUACAGUGAAUACUCGUUUACUGAAGAGCCUGAUUCCAGCCUCAGUAAUACCAGAGACUUCUGUGGUUUCAUCUGUAUCUUGGCUUUGUGUCAGCAAAUGCUCAGACAAAGUCCAGAUGCUUUUUUUAAAAUGGCUGAUCACAGUGUUUGACUUCAUUGAUCACAAGGAACAAAUUCAUGCCCUCUAUGGUUUCUUCUUUUUCCUCCUGCAAUAUGAAAGGAUGUGCCCGUACGCCUGCCACCUGCUCUACCUGCUGACUAGGAGAGAAAACGUCAAGCCUUUUCGGAUUAGGAAACUGCUUGAUCUCCAAGCAAAAAUGGGAAUGCAGCCUUAUCUGCAGGCUUUACUAUCACUUUACAAAUUCUUCUGUCCUGAGCUGAUAACCAUAACUCUCCCUGGGAAAACGAAGAUUUACUUCAAGAAUCCAGAUGGCCCGUGGAAAGCAGCGAUCAACGCAGUAAGGCAGAGAAACCAGGAAAACUCUGCAGUGUCACGGCCACUGUUUCUAAGCACAGCUCAAGCUCAGUCACGAAAAAGGAAAUGGAAUAGCCAGUUGAUUAUACCUGCAAGCAGUGCAAGCAGAAAUAUUUUAGAAAAGGACAGGGGAAAGAACAGUGUUUCUCUGUUCAGUACGAAUGAGUCUCUUCCAGUGGAGCAGGUGCAGACCUUUUCUCAGCUCCUAGAAAAUAUCCACCGUCUAGAGUUACCUUCCCAGAUGGGUUCAGUGCUAACAAACCCUUUAUUGCUUCACUAUAUGAAUUACAUCAAAGAUGAAUCUGUUCACAUGAGGCUCUACUAUUGGAUGAGCCAGACUCUUCAGGAAGAAUGCACCUGGUGUGUAGCUGAUAAUUACCAAAAUGAAGAAGAAUUCAAGGACUUCUUGGAAUCUAUCUACAAGGCAGAGUGUCUCUUGCAGGAGGGGUUUUCUUCCUGUGAAGAAUUCCUGUAUAGGAGCCUUCCUCUCUGGGAUGGCUCAUGCUGCCGGUCACAAGUCCUCAGACUUCUGAGCUGGAUGCCCCUCAGAGGCUCCUCUGAAAUUAAAUCGCGUCUCUGUGAUCCGCUGGCACAGCUCUUUCUCACAUCAUCCCUUUACUUUAAGUGCAGUGUUCUUGAGAGCCUGAAAGAACUGUUGCAGAACUGGUUAAAUUGCCAUGCGAUUCAUCUGGCUUCAGAGUCUGACUCUCAAGACCAUCUUUUGAACACCACCUUUUCUGGAGUAGUUGACACGGUGGCUGAACUGAUCCACUUUGUUGGACAUAUCUCCACUGUUGCGUUGCGUUUGGAAAACAAUUCUAUGUUAUUACUAUACUUCAUCCUGAAUUUCUAUGAGACCGUGUGUGACAUCUAUCUGAGGUAUGGUCUGCCUCUACUGAUAAUGCCUCCUGCUGGAAUUUUCUACCCAGCGCUUCUCAGCAUGGAUUCUGUCAACUUGAAUCAGCUCUGCUACAUUAUGCACAGGUAUCGAACCAACUUGGUGGCUGCAAAGGAAAAUGAGCUGAGUAAAAAGAAAAUACUACAAUUCAAGUUCAGUAGCCAGACAUACCAGGAGUACAACCAGUACCUGUCGGCUAUGGUGGGCUGUUUGUGGACAUCCAAUGCAUUCCAGAAGGAUGCUCAUCCUCAAGGUCUCCGUAUGGAUGAUGAACUGCUGAAGAAAACUACAGUGCACGAAUACAAAACCAGCUUGAACAUUGUCCACCACCCAGCCAUGUUGGGCUAUGCUAUCCACUUCCUGCAGCAGGCUUGGCCAGAUGAUACCAGCUUCAACUUCAGUUUAAUUAAGGGAAAGAAGUGGGACUGGUAUCUGGAAUAUCUCUAUGGACAAGGUUUAAAGGGCCUGAAGCUCUUUAUUGAAAGCAGCAUCAAUCGUGUUUCCCAGGCCUCUCACAGGAAAGCAGGGAAUGUGCAAGAAGGACCCUAGUUCUCAUUGGAGCCUUUUUAUCAUCUGGAACAGGAAGGCAGAAUGUAAUGGAGACUCUUGCUGAUUCUUCCUUUCUCGGAGUAAAGAAACAAAGCAGUUACUCGUUUGCAUUUUUGUACUGACAUCUGUUUUGGGAAAGUGAAUAUAUGGAAGGAAUUCUUAGGCUGGCUUGGUUCACUAACACUAAACCCCUUCUUGUUCGUGCUGAACUUCUCUGGUCUGAAGCUGCUGAGCUCAUCUGUUAUGUAUCAUCCACAGUUUUCAUCCUCAUUUUCCUCUGUUGGAAUAUCUGCUUUGACUGAGCAACAAAAACUCAAUCUCAAAACUGCAGUGAGCAGUGCGGCUUCGUGUAUAAGUAAUGUUGAUCCCUGACCUGCUUUCCCUUCCUCAACAGCUGGUAAUGAGAAACAAUUUAAUCAGCCCUUCAGGGAUACUGUAGACGUGCUGGACUGGAGCCCUGGGAGUUUUCCCAGUUGCCUGUUGUACUGUGAGUAUGCUGGCUUUUAACAGGCUGACCAAACUGACCUUCCUGAACUUCAUUUUCAUUAUGAAGCUUCCAAAAGAGACUUUUUGCCAAUAUCUCUUACAUUCUAAUGUAGCUGGAAAACUUGCUGUUCUGUUGAUAGUUUAUUGAUGAAUUAAGCAUUUGAACAGUGUUACUGCCAGCUUUCCAUUUUCUAUUUAUAAGUGCAAAUGUAGCUUUCCUUUUCAUGUUGCUAGCUCUGUAUGUGUUGUAUAUGUGUACAUAGAUACAAUUUAUAUUCUGUAAAAUGUUUCCAACAUGCCAUUUUAAAAGAACUCCACUACAAAAUAUGUAUUCUCCUGUCACCUCAUUUUAGCAGAGUACAAGUUGGGAGGAGCUGAAAUCGGGUUUCUAAAAUUUGAGUGAGCUGCUGUAAAAUGAGAUGGUAACCACUUGAAAGAUGAGUAAGCGUAUACUGAAUUUUAUAGUGUGAGUCUGUACUUUGAACCAGUAAAGGAAUCAGUCACGAGAGUGAUUCCAGAGCCACUAAGGAUAUGUUUGGCUUCUUCAUCCCUUGAAAUCAGACUGACUGCAGGUUGGGUACUAUACUUCUCGACUCAAAUAGACAAUCUGGUUAAUAUAUGUAAAUAUAUAUUUAUAUUUGUAUAUUUUUAUGUGUAUAUAUAUUCUGUCCAGAGAAUAAUAAAAUCUUUCAGUGAAGACUUUGAAAGGGAGGUUUGGGAGAGAUCCGCUUAGACUACAGUGUUGCCCUUUCUGGUCUGGCUGCCUUAUUCCAGCAAGCACGAGUGCUGCUUGCCAAUUUCUGUCAAGAGAAUCAGAUCUUCAAGAAUUUUGAUUCUAUUUUCUCAACGAGGGAAAUCUUAAAUUACAAGUGCCUCCAAGUGGAUGUUUCAAGAUGUGGCCCUAACAUGUAACCAGUUAGUUAUCUACUUUAAAGGAUGGUACUGUUGUUUUGGACCAGCUCAGCUUGUUGACUGAGGACUAUCCCAACACCACGGGCUGGAAAUCCCUAUCCUAGUGCUGCCUACUGUUUGUUAGACUCAUUAAAGGUUUUGUCUAAAGGCCCAAGAAGGGAUGUUUGGUUUUGCAGUUUUUCUAUAAAGCUGCCUUUAAAAAGGUACUGGAAAUGGCAGCACUUAUGCUGGAAAGCCUGUGUACUGCAUUCCUUAAGGACAACUUAAUCCUUACCUUUUGUCCUUGCACCAUACAAUUGUCUUCAGAUGUUGACCAGACUUGUACUUCCAUAUUGCUGCACUGGGAUUCUGGAUAGGAAGAGGUCUGGAGGGAUUGACAGCCCUAGGAAAACAUGAGGUGAAGACAUGGAUGUAGAUCUCUUUAUGGCAGACUUAUUCAGUAGGGAAGGCAGCAAAUACCGAACAUCUCAAAGAAGCAUUUAGUUCUAGCCAGAAAGACAGAGUUCGUGUUAACUGUUUGGAGUUUUUGGAAGGAGCAGAGAUCUGUAACAUUCCUGUCAGGCUGGAAAGUACUUAAUUUCAGUUGUGAAAGGUGCCUUGAUUCUUAAGAGAGUGUGUGUGAUGUAUGUAAAUGUAUUUAAAGAGGCUUAUAGCAAAAUCCUUCAGGAUAUACUGAAUGCUGUAUAGCUAUUGGUCCCUGAGAUCAGUUUUCCUUUGAUGAUGAUAUUUGGUUGAGAAAACAUGGAAUCAUGUUAUGCUGUUGCAGCAUCACAAGUCUCAUGUCCUGGGUUAAAAAAGUCUUUAAACAAAUUGUCAUUCAAAUUGUCAUUCAAAUGCACACGCUGGGUGCUUAGAGGUGCAGAAGUAAAGUAACACGGCAAGUAACUUUCCUUUAAUGUCAGUUUUGUGGGUCAAGAUGGCUGUUUAAACUCCUUCCUAUGCAGCAAGGAAAUGCCUAGUAUUACUGACCACUUGAGAUGACUUUUAGCUUCUUUAUAUGCCUUGGUGGUUCUUGUCUUCUUUCGCAUCUGGACACAUUUUCUUUGUUUUUCUCUAAAUAUCUGACUUCACUAACGUUCCACUUCAAUGGAAGAAUGGCCCUUUGGGGAGGAAUGUGCUGCUGUACCUCUUCCUUCUUCCUUGGCCCACUUUCCCAAGUGACAGAGGACAGGACAAGAGGGAAUGGCCUGAAGCUCCGCCAGGGGAGGUUCAGGUUGGAUAUCAGAAAAAAAUUCUUCACUGUAAGAGUCAUCGGGCACUGGAACAGGCUGCCCAGGGAGGUGGUCGAGUCGCCUUCCCUGGAGGUGUUUAAGGAAAGGGUGGAUGAAGUGCUUAGGGACAUGGUUUAGGGAGUGUUAGGAAUGGUUGGACUCGAUGAUCCAGUGGGUCCUUUCCAACCUGGUGAUUCUGUAAUUCUGUGAACCUGUUUUUGUGUCACUUGAGUCUGCUCGAGUGUUUUUUUCCAUUCUAGAGGAUGCUGUUUCAGUGUCCAAAUUUCUAGUAUCAGUUGAUCUUUGGGAAUGCUAGUUUGUUUCCUGUUUCCACAUGAGUAAAAGUCAAUGACUUGCUCUGAUGUCUGCCUGGCCUCCCUUCUCAGGAGGCUUCUACAUGCUUUCAGUUUGGGGGAUUUGUGAUAUUACCAGCAGGUCAGGGCAGCAGUUGCUCCAGCUCAACCACAUUUGGCAGCUUUUCUAAUAGCUUGGGUAUGUGCUUCCAGAAAGUGAAGCCUUUCCCUUUAGAAAAAUCUGAGUUGGGAUAUUAGAUAGGAUUUCAAAGUACAGGGCCAGAAUCCUGUCUAGGGUAGGCAAGCAUAGCUCUACUAAUUUCUAACGGAUCUAUGUUGAGUCUCACCAGCUGAACAUCUGGUCCACGGUUUACACAGCCAAAGCCAGUAACCCCUCCCCUGUCAGAUACAUUGGCCUGAAUGCAUCUGAAAAUGCAAAUACCUUGGGCUAGAGUUAAACCGAAUUCUUUUUCUGAAGCCGUCUGUGCAUUGUGUUUCUGUUAAUCAUCAUUUUAUUUUGUGAGGAGAGACUUAUUUAUGCAUUUUUGUGUAUUGAGCAGUGUUGCUCUUUUGGAGAGAGCUUGCUCUGAAAGAGUUAAUGAUUUCAACCUGUUUUCAGCUGGAAUGAAGUAACUGGUUCCUCUGUGUCCCUGCUUUCUAUUCUCUUGUUGGCCUACUUCCCUAUGCUUGCAUUUUGCAUUCCUGAUGCUAUGAAUAAAUCAGGACCCAAGGAUUUAGAAGGUGGUAAAGCCAUAGCCACUCAGAAAACCGAACCUCUGAGGCUUGUACUACAGCUCUAAUAACUGCUAAUGGCAUACUCCAGAACUCUUCUAAUAACGUUUAACUGGUACCAAAAUAAAAUUUGCUUCGUGCCUUUUAUAUAAUGUUUGGGUUUUGUGCCUCUGCCCAGUGCUGCCUCCUCACUUGGCUCCCUUUGUCAUGUAGUUAAAGCUCAGUCAUGAGCCCUUUGGGUCAGGGCAAUCGCCUCCCAGCUGCUGUGACAAAAUGGUUUAUCACGAAUCUUUCCACAGAGGAGAAAAGAAUAAGGGAAAAUGAUGGAUCUGAUCUGGCUAAGGGGUCCACCUUCUCUGCAGAAUCACAGCAUGGUGAAAAUCUAGCUGUGGUCCUAGACCCUCUGAUAACUUGUCAUUAAUAAUACACACUGGACUGCUUUUAUUUGUAACGCUGGGGCUCCUGAGAGAGUGUGUGAGGAAGCUCUGUAUGUGCUCUUUAGUCAGAGGACACAUCUAGUCUGGGUGAAGCACAGAAGGUACUGGCAACAAGCUUGCUCUGGAGGAUGAGUACCUUGAAAGAACGGUGUCUUUAAGUAUUUUCUUCCAGGAAAGAUGAUUUAUGUUGUACUGAUGGCUUUCCUUCAUUAUGGAUCUGCUUUUUAGAGUAAAAGUAAUGACUUUGGUCUGAUGAUGGUUUGAUUUCACCAAACUUUGCUUUUGAUUAAGAAGGUCUUUUACAACGCUCUUAGCGUGUAGUGAUGUGGUUUUCGGCACAAGAUUCCCAAGAUCUGCAUGGAGC